GUUGGGUCAGCUUUCUCCUCCUGCAUCGCUGCGUGGCACAGACACAGACAUGAGCAAUCAGGAAGUGACUUAUUGCUCCUUGAGAUUUGUUCAGUCUCCUUCAGAGUCACAAAAUAGAUUAAGGCCUGGUGGUACUCAAAGGCCUGGGAAAACUGAUGACAAAGAGUUUUCAGUGCCCUGGCUUCCCUUCGUAGUGACUCUUGGGAUUCUCUGUUUACUUCUUUUGGUGACAGCCACAGUGUUGGGGACAAUGCUUUUUCAGUGUAUUCAAGAAAAAUAUCAACAGGAGGAAAUUCUACGAAACCUCAGUCAAAUGUAUGACAUUAUAAAAAAGGACAACUACUUAAAGGAACGACUUUUGAUAAAUAAGACUUUAGAAUGCGACGUUCUCAGAAAUGAAACCCUUCAUCAGAAAAAGGAACUGGACUCACUCUUUGUAGAAAAGAUGAGAUGUCACAUAAAACAAGAGAUCUUUUCAAAGUCUUUGCAAGAUACAGGUAAACUCAAUGAAGGCCGCUGGUCCUGUUGUGGAGUAAACUGUUAUUAUUUUACCAAUGAAAUUAAAGACUGGAAGGGAUGUAAUAAGACUUGCCAACGUUACAAUUUAUCUCUGAAGAUAGAUGAUGAAGAUGAACGGGCGUUCAUUCAACGCCAGGCUUAUCAAAAUACCUACUGGAUUGGAUUAUCAUAUAAUGCAAAGGAAAGUAAAUGGAAAUGGAUUGACGAUGGCACGUCUUCUGGAAUUAAUUUUACAAUGAAUUUGCCUUCCGGGAGAGGAGGAAAAUGUGCAUUUUUAACUUCAACGAGAAUAACAAAUACUGAGUGCUCUCAUACCUAUAAUUGUAUCUGUGAGAAGAGAAUUGAUUGUGUUUUCAACGACUGCUUCAGCUGACGCAGAAGAAACG